GGGAAAGUGACAUGCAAGUAUCUGCUCCUGCACAACGCUAAGGUGUACAUGGCCUCCCGCUCGCCCGAGAGAGCCGAGACAGCGAUCGCAGACCUCAAGAUGAUCACGAAGAAGGAUGAUAUCCACUUCAUCAAGCUUGAUCUUGCUGAUCUUGAGAAUGUAAAGGCGUCUGCCGCCGAGUUCCAGAGCAAGGAGAAGGAGCUGCACAUGCUGUUCAACAAUGCUGGAGUUAUGUCAACCCCCAUGCAUAUGCUUACAAAGCAGGGGUUUGAUAUGCAAUUUGGGACGAAUGUUAUUGGACCUCUGUACUUCACCAAAUUGCUCAUCCCUACUCUACUCGAGACGGCUAAAACCACCCCCGGAGGGAAGGUCCGCGUCAUCACCACCAGUUCAAAUGGGCAUUACGGUGCAUUCAAGGGCGGAAUCCUUUGGGAAACGUUGAAAGAUGGACCCGAACGCAACAAAAAGCUUUCCCGUACCACCGCGUACUUCCAGUCCAAAUGGGGAGAUGUGGUCUUUGCCAAUGAGCUUGCCAGGAGAUACGGCGACCAGGGCAUAGUUUCAACGUCCUUGAACCCCGGCCUUGUCGACACGGAAUUGGGACGUUACAUUCCCGCCUGGUUCGCAUCCAUGAUGGGGUUUGUCAAAUUGAUUUUGAACCGUGCUGAUCCUGAUGGAGCCAUGACACAAUUGUAUGCGGGAACAGCACCUGAGACCGCGUCGGCCAACGGAAAGUAUUUCAUUCCUUUGGCACGCGAAGGCAUUCCCAGAGAAGACACCCAUGAUGAGGGGAUGGGAAAGAAGUUAUGGGAUUAUAUCGAUGAAGUGACUGCAGAUAUCUAGCGCGACCACGUUCUCGACGAGCUCUUCUUCACUU